GUUAGUAACUAAGUCACCGUAACGACCGUAACCAUGCUGAUUAUAUUCUGUCUGACGUUAAUAAUUUCCGCCUCGUGUGUAGAACCUAGACCUAGAAUAAUCGGAGGCACAUCUACAACUAUCGAUAAGCAUCCAUAUCAGGUUUCUAUUCAUUAUGAUGGUAAACUCGUAUGCGGGGGUUCAAUAAUUAGCAAACAAUGGAUCUUAACAGCAGCGCACUGCGUUUAUGGUGGAAAAUUAUUGCUGUUUAAAGUCCGAGUAGGUAGCAGUUAUCACGAUAAAGAAGGUACUCUGAUCGCAGAUAUUUCCUUAAUCAUUCCCCAUGAAUGGUAUGAUGAGGAUACUUACGAUUACGAUGUCGCUUUGAUCAAAUUGCUUACUCCUUUAUCCUUGGGUCAAAACGCAAAAAUUGUUACUUUGGCGAAAUCAUCGAGUAACAUUAAAACUGGUAGUACAGCAAUUGUUUCGGGGUGGGGAAAAAUGUCGCCGAAUGGCGAGAGUUCCAAAGUAUUGCAAACCUUGAAGGUUCCGACUAUUGAUCAAGAAGCCUGCCGAAAAAUAUAUGUUCGUCAUCGAAUAGUGACACCCAACAUGCUGUGUGCCGGUUACACAACCGGUGAAAAAGACACUUGUCAGGGAGAUUCCGGUGGUCCACUCGUGUACAACAGUGUCCAAAUUGGGAUCGUGUCCUGGGGCGCUCAAUGUGCGAGUGCUGGAUAUCCUGGGGUGUACACGCGAAUAUCUACCAUACGAAAUUGGAUAACUAAGCGAGCGAACGUGUAGCAGAAUUAAUUUCUCCCCUCUUUGUCCUGCUCCCGGAAAUAGGAGAGAGAUAGCAUACCGUUGAAAAACUAUUUGCUUUUGUUUAACCACAUCAAGAUCGGACAGCAUUAUGAAAAAGAUACUACGUACGAAUUGCACAAUUGUAAAAAGCUGCAAAGUGUGAAAAGAGAAAGUGGAAAGAAAAUUGUUUGCAACGAAGACGAAAUUCUGUAAUAAUGAAACAAAAAUGGAAAACCGCAAAAUUUUAAUAAAUUUAAUUAUUGUGCUCUCAU